AUGUCAAAUACAAAAACAAUAAGAAGAUACGCGACAAAGACUCGUAGUAGUGGGAAGAUUAAAAGCGAUUCGAAAGCUUUGCGCGUACAUGUAUUACCAACGCCUGAACCAAGUCCUACUUUUCCUCCAAAAUAUGACAAUAAUAAAAAUGAUGACAAAGCUAUUACCUCGAUUAAUCCGAAGAAAUGUUCAACAUGUAAAGAAGCGAAGAAAUAUACAAAGUUCAUGACUAACCGAUUAGGUGACAUUUCGGAUACAGUUGGAAUUUUGAGGAAAAAAACAGAAGCUUUUAAUUAUCCGACAAAUCAAAAGUUUUUGAAGAUUGAGUUUCACAUCACCGAAAAACCUGUACUCGACAAAACGCCUCAAAGCAUAUCAAGUACAUUAUUGUCAAAUUGCUCUCUUGAUGAUUUGAAAAAUCUUGUAAAAUUUGCAAGUAGUGAAAAUAUCACCAACAAUAUGAAGAAUCUAAAAAAAGAACAAGCAUUAGCUUAUACAGAAUUUUCACAGUCACAGCAGGAUCAAAAAAUAUUUUUCAAUACGUCUCCUGCGUCUCCUAACCCCGCUCCAAUCAAUUGGGAACAAGUUUUAGAAGAUUCGUCAUAUACCAUAAAAAACAAUCAAUUCAUUAAUUAUAACAAAGAUUGUGAAGCUCAACAUACAACGACACUGGAAGAUUUUGCUUAUACAUGUACCAUAAACAAUAGCCAAAUCGACGAUGUUAAUUAUAGCAAGGAUGGUUCACAUAUAUUUGAAGAUAUAGUAGAAUUCGGAGAAGAAUUUACUGCGGAAAAUCGGGAGAUUCAAUAUUAUUCUAAGAUUUAA